AUGUCGCAUUCUCCCAACUCGGACUAUGUCGCCCAUACGCCAGUGGCGGCCGCCAUACAAAGCGCAGAGCCUAUUCGCGCCUCCGAUCUCGAAUCGAAGUCUUCGAAGCUACAUAAAGAGAUGGAGGUCACCGAAAAGGACUCGGCCGGCGGCAGACGCGCCCCCUCCGUCGAUAGCGGGUCAAUGGAGUCUACGUAUGACCAUACUCACCGCAGGCUCAAGCCGCGCCAUAUACAAUUGAUCGGGAUUGGAGGGACAAUUGGCACGGCGCUGUAUGUUCAGAUCGGAAGUGGACUGCGCACCAGUGGUCCUGGCAGUUUGUUUAUUGGAUUCACUCUUUGCACUCUGUUAGCUCAAGGCGUAUUCGUGCCAUUGAAAUGGGUCAAUGUCGACCAAUCUGCCGUUAGCACCACCUCUGCCCAUGCAUCUACCAAAGCCAACCAGCCGGACACCCAAGAACGCAACCCAAGCCUCGAACCCCUUACCUGUUUGCUGCCCUUGGCGGAAAUGACCACCUACCUCCCUAUCUCCUCGCCAUUCAUUCGAUUCGCCGGCCGUUACGUCGAUGAAGCUCUAGGUGUCGCCGCCGGAUACAACUUCUUUGUCUUCGAAGCCGCGCUGGUACCUUUCGAAGUCGUUGCUGUCAGUCUGAUCAUCAGAUACUGGACUGAUAUCAUUCCAGUCGCAGCCAUGAACGUCAUUGUUCUCGUACUCUUUGCGGGACUCAAUUUGUUUGCUGUGAAAUGGUAUGGCGAAGCUGAAUUCUGGCUUUCAUUAGGCAAGGUCUUGCUCAGUAUAGGCCUGAUAUUUUACACCUUCAUCGUCAUGUUGGGCGGUAACCCGCUCGGCGAUAGAUUUGGCUUUCGGUACUGGAACGACCCAGGUGCAUUCAAUGAGUUCUACAAGACAGGUGACACGGGCAAGUUCCUUGGUGUUCUUGCAGCUGUCAUCACAGCCAGUUUCACCAUCGCCGGUCCGGACUAUGUCUCCAUGGCCGCUGGCGAGGCCAUGAACCCCCGCAAAGUGCUGCCAAGAGCGUUCAACGGCGUCUUCUACCGUCUUACCGCAUUCUUCGUCCUCGGAGUUCUCUGCGUCGGUAUCCUAGUUCCGUACAAUGACCAGACCAUGGCCGAUGCCUUCGACACUGGCAAGCCCGGCGCUGCUGCCUCGCCCUAUGUCAUCUCCAUGGAUCGCCUGAAGAUCCCCAUCUUGCCUGACAUCGUCAAUGCCGUCGUGCUCACUGCUGCUUUCAGCGCGGGAAACAGUUACGUGUACUGCGCCAGUCGCAGUUUGUAUGGUCUAGCCCUGGAAGGCAAAGCCCCGAAAUUCUUCACAAAGUGCACCAAGCGCGGUGUUCCCAUUUACUGCGUUGGGGUCGUGCUUCUCAUCGCCCUGCUCAGCUUCUUACAGGUAUCUAACAGCGCAGCAGUGGUGUUGAACUGGUUUGUCAAUCUGGUCACCGCUUCCCAGCUCAUCAACUUUUCCGUCAUCACUUUCACCUUCAUCCGCUUCAAGAAAGCAGUCGAAGCCCAAGGCAUCGAUAGAAGAACCCUGCCCUACCGCAGCUGGUUCCAGCCAUACAUCGCCUACAUCGCUUGCACCUGUACCACAGUCAUGGCUUUCGUCGGCGGCUACACCGUCUUCCUCCCUGGAAACUGGUCCGUCCCGACCUUCCUCUUUUCGUACACCAUGAUCUGCGUGUUCCCGUUGUUGUACUUUGGGUGGAAGAUCAUCCACAAGACCAAGUUCCUCAAGCCUGAGGAGGUUGACUUGGUUACUGGUGUCCCUGAGGUUGAGGAGUAUACUCGAGACUUCGUCACCACGCCACCAAAGAAUAUCUACCACAAGGUGUUCCGCAUCCUCUUCGACUGA